UUACAUUUUGCAGAGCAGUUGGCACGCGGACCGGGGAUUGUGGAUUAUUACCAAACACAGAGCUCCAUUUUCAUAAAACUAGUAUUCCAGUUUCUCCUCUUGUGAAAAUUAUUCAAUAUUGUUUACCAUCUCUGAGAAUGGCUGAUGCAAUUGUUACUCUUGCCUUGGAGCAGCUGCUUCGAAUCACUGCUAAAAACAUAGGGGAAGAGGUGAGGCUAGUUGGUAAUGUCGAAAAUGAAGUGAAAAAUCUUGGGAGAAAUCUUAAAGCUAUUCAAGCUGUGCUACAUGAUGCAGAGGAGAAGCAAGUGAAGGACGAAGCUGUGAGACAUUGGUUAGAUCAGCUCAAAGACACAUCCUAUGACAUAGAAGAUGUGUUGGAUGAGUGGAAUACUGAAAUCAUGAGGUUGCAGGUUGAAAAACAGAAGGUACCUUCCUUCUUCCCCUGUUCUUGCUUUGGUAUCAAACAAGUUGUUUUGCGCCGUGACAUAGCACAAAAGAUACAAGAAUUAAAUGAAAAAUUAGAUAAUAUUGCCAAAGAAAAAGAUGCAUACAAUUUAAAGGAAAUGAAGAGUACUGAAGCACGUAAACGAGUUCAAACUACGUCUUUCGUUGAUGUGGCUAAAAUAUUUGGUCGAGAAUCUGAGAAGGACUCUUUAGUGAGUAAGUUGUUAGACGAGGGAAAUGAAGAACAAAAAACCCUUCCUGUCAUCUCACUUGUAGGGAUGGGAGGAAUUGAGAAAACAACUCUUGCUCAACUAGCUUACAAUAAUGACGAGGUCAAAAAUCAUUUUGACACAAGAGUUUGGGUGCGUGUAUCAGAUCCUUUUGAUGAGUUUAAGGUUGCCACGGCAAUUAUCGAAGGACUGAAAUGUCCUACCAAGGAUUUUGUUGAAUUCCAAUCUCUUCUGAAUUGUAUUCACGAAUCUAUUAAGGAUAAGAAAUUUCUUCUCGUUUUAGAUGAUGUGUGGUCAGAAGAUUACAACAAAUGGGAAUCAUUUUAUCACUGUCUAAAGAAUGGUUCCUAUGGUAGUAAAGUUUUGAUUACAACAAGGAAUGAAAGAGUUGCAUCGAUUAUGGGGUCAGUUGCUCCUAUCAUAAUGGAGCAAUUAGCUCAGGAGGAAUGCUGGUUGCUGUUUAGCCAAUUAGCAUUUUUUGGUAGAUCUCCUGAGGAGUGUGAAAAAUUAGAGAAAAUUGGAAGAGAAAUUGUUGCAAAGUGCAAGGGUUUGCCGCUUGCUACAAAAACUAUUGGUAGUCUCCUGCGAUUUAAGAGAACAAGAGAUGAAUGGCAACGAAUUUUAGAUAGUGAAAUUUGGAAAUUGGAAGAGAUUGAGAAAAGUUUUUUAUCACCUUUGAUGUUGAGUUAUAAUAAUUUGCCAUCUGAGAUAAGACAAUGUUUUUCAUAUUGUGCUAUCUUUCCAAAAGAUCAUAAUUUAAUGAAGGAUCACUUGAUCAAAUUAUGGAUGGCUCAAGGUUAUCUUGGGUUUGACAAUGAUACAGAGAUGGAAGUAAUAGGCCAAGAGUAUUUUGAUCAUUUAGCAUCUCGAUCAUUCUUCCAAGAGUUUGAAAAAGACGAUGAUGAAAAUAUCAUAUGCUGCAAGAUGCAUGAUAUAGUUCAUGACUUUGCUCAAUUUCUCACUAAGAAUGAAUAUUUUACUGUGGGAAUCAAAAGGGGCAGUGAAGAUCUAGUCAUAAACACUUCCACUGAGAAAGCCCGACAUUCUAUGUUAACGCUUCACGUCGGGGCUACAUUUCCCAUCUCCAUUUGUAGCAUCAAAAGUUUGCGGAGUCUUUUAAUUGAUUGUGAAGAUUUUUUGUAUUCGCUGCCUGAUGAUGUUCUACCAAAUCUCUUUGGUGAAUUGACAAGUUUAAGAGCAUUAGAAACAAGUACAAGAAUCAUAAGAGCAAAUUUGAUUGCAGUGAUUCCAAAAGAGGUAAAAAAAUUGAUACAUUUAAAAUAUCUGAAUUUGUCUCGUCAGGGUGUGGAAAAACUUCCGGAAACUUUAUGUGAGUUAUAUAAUCUGCAAACUUUAGAUAUUUCUUGGUGUGAAAAGCUUAAGGAACUGCCUCAAGGGAUGGGGAAGUUGAUGAGCUUGCGGCAUUUGAUUAACUUUGAAACACGCUCAUUAAGUUGCAUGCCCAAGGCAAUUGAGAAAUUAACUUGUCUCCGAACAUUGAGUGAUUUCUUCAUAAAAAGCAGCAGCAGUGAUGGUAGUAAAGCAUGUAGUACUCUUGCAUGCUUGAAAGAUUUGAAACAUUUAAGAGGAACGCUUGAGAUUAGAGGGCUAGGAAAUGUGACCAAUGUGAUUGAGGUUAAGAGAAUGCAAAUUCUCAGCAAUAAGAAAAACCUCCUCUAUUUAAAGCUACAUUUCGAUAAAGAUGGAGAAGGAGAGAGGAAAAAUGAUGAUGAUGAGUUACUUCUUGAGGCUUUGCAACCGCAUCCAAAUUUAGAGAAAUUAGAUAUAGAAGAUUACAGAGGCAGCACUUUUUAUUCUGAUUGGAUCAUGUCAUUAACCGGGCUGAGGAAAUUGAGUCUCUUCAGUUGCACAAAUUGUAUGUAUUUGUCUCCCUUGGGAAAAUUGCCAUCACUUGAAUCACUAAGUAUAGAUGGAACAAGGGUGAAAAAACUAGUUACGGGAAUCGAAAGCGAUGGUGCAUUUUCAUCAUCUACAUCAGCUAUUCUCUUUCCCAAGUUGAAAGUUCUCGAAUUCUGGUGGAUGUCUGAAUGGGAAGAGUGGGAUUACGGGAAUACAAUCUUGCCAUGCCUUGCUUCUUUGUCAAUCAAUUACUGUGGAAAAUUACGUGCACUGCCAGAUGGCCUUCUCCAGGGGGCAAAAAAUCUACAACAUUUGGAGAUUUUUGAUAGUGAUCUUUUGGAAGAACGUCACAGAAAGGGAACAGGAGAGGACUGGCAAAAGAUCUCCCACAUUCCCAACAUCGAAUUCACUUAUUCAUAUCUGCAAGGAGGCCCACUCCCACUCCGUUGAGUUCUCAAAUGGCUGCAAUUACCAACCAUCGAUCCACAAAGGAGAUGUGCAGAAAUAUUGAGCAUGAUGGUGGUUGCAGUGUUAUGCUGAAAGGAACAGAGAAGAUAGUUAUGUCAAAAGGAAGUUGGAAUUCACUUGUGUUACUCUUAAUUUGUAUGAGUUAUGGUUUGAUUUUCUUCAUAAAGUUGCUUGUUUUUAGCGUGCUUGGACAACUUUCUUUGUCAAUAAUUUGCAUGUAAUAAUAUAUGGUGUGUUUGAUUGGAAAUUAGGUGUAAAAUAUUAAAUAUAUGUUAUAUGGUAUGAGCUGAACAUAUUGG